CUUCUCAAACAUGGCGGCGGCGGUGUGAAGACCGGUACCGGCUCGCUGGACCAGUGUGACAGAAUUUCGCUCUUUUCACCGACGAGACUCGAGGUGCGUGGCGACUCCAGGCCCCGAAAGAACACCAGAGAGGGAUACCAUGGGGCAAACGGUGAGUGAAGAGUCAACGGAUGAAGAGCAGGAGAAUCAAGAGAAAGCUCCUCAGUCAGACACAUCUCCUGUGCAAAAUGAGUCAACGGAUGCAGAGAAGGAGAAUCAAGAGAAAGCUCCUCAGUCAGACACAUCUCCUGUGCAAAAUGAGUCAACGGAUGCAGAGAAGGAGAAUCAAGAGAAAGCUCCUCAGUCAGACACAUCUCCUGUGCAAAAUGAGUCAACGGAUGCAGAGAAGGAGAAUCAAGAGAAAGCUCCUCAGUCAGACACAUCUCCUGUGCAAAAUGAGUCAACGGAUGCAGAGAAGGAGAAUCAAGAGAAAGCUCCUCAGUCAGACACAUCUCCUGUGCAAAAUGAGUCAACGGAUGCAGAGAAGGAGAAUCAAGAGAAAGCUCCUCAGUCAGACACAUCUCCUGUGCAAAAUGAUGAUUUUCACUGGGAAAAUUACUUGAAAGAGACUGGAUCUUUAAGUGCUCCUUCAGAGUGUUUCAGACAGUCCAAGAUUCCACCAGCUAAUGACUUCAAAGUUGGUAUGAAAUUGGAAGCCCGUGACCCUCGCAAUAUGACUUCAAUAUGUAUCGCCACAGUCGUUGGAAUUACUGGUGCCAGGCUACGUUUAAGACUGGACGGUAGUGACAACAGAAAUGAUUUUUGGCGGCUUGUUGAUUCUCCGGACAUACAGCCUGUUGGGACAUGUGAAAAGGAGGGGGACUUACUUCAGCCUCCACUGGGGUACCAGAUGAACACAACAUCUUGGCCAAUGUUCCUCUUGCGAAUACUGAGUGUAUCUGAAAUGGCACCUGCAACAUUCUUUAAGAAGGAACCACCAAAGCCACCUGUAAAUACUUUUAAAGUGGGAAUGAAACUUGAAGCUAUAGACAAAAAGAACCCUUAUCUGAUCUGCCCUGCAACUAUUGGAAAUGUUAAAGGAGAUGAAGUUUAUAUCACAUUCGAUGGCUGGAGUGGAACUUUUGAUUAUUGGUGCAAGUAUUAUUGUCGAGAUAUUUUCCCAGUUGGGUGGUGUCGCCUGACAGGAGAUGUAUUACAACCACCAGGAACUCAUGUUCCUAUUACAAAGAAUAUAGCAAAAACACAUUCUUCCAAAGCAACCCAGUGUUCAAUGAAGUCUCCACAGAAAACUGCUGUAAUAUUACCAACACAGCAGAUCAGGAAAUCAAGUCGGAUUAAACCACCUGCACCUACUUCAGUCCCCAAGAAGGGGAGUACUGUUAAAAAUAUCACACCAAAGAAAAAAGGCCCAAACUCAGGAAGAAAGGAAAAAUGUAUUCCUGUUGUAUGUUCCACAUCUUCAGCUCCUCUCAGUACGCUGACCAGAGAACGUCGUGGUGCUUCAUAUGAUAAGGAUGCUGUUGCUGGGUCAUCUAAAAUAGUGAUGUCUACAGUCUGUGUCUAUGUAAACAAACAUGGAAACUGUGGCCCUCACCUGGAUCAGACGAAAAUCCAGCAGCUGCCCGACCACUUUGGCCCAGGCCCUGUCAAUGUGGUGCUCCGGCGGACGGUGCAGGCCUGCGUGGAUUGUGCCAUUCAAAGUAAGACUGUUUUUGGAUUCCUUAAGCCAGAUCAUCGUGGAGGAGAAGUGAUAACCGCCUCCUUUGAUGGGGAAACUCAUUCCAUCCAGCUCCCUCCAGUGAACAGUGCAUCAUUUGCUCUUCGCUUUCUUGAGACCUUGUGCCACAGCCUGCAGUGUGAUAACCUUUUGAGUAGCCAGCCUUUUAGCUCUUACAGAGUAAAAGAAGAUACAACAGAAAAGAAAAGCACCAAACGACCUUCUCAGCAACCUCUGCCUUAUGUUGCUCCUCUCUCUCCUAAGCUCCCCAAAACAAAGGUGCAUGCCUCUGAAGAAGAAGUAUUAUCUUCUGAGGGAAAUGGCAUGCCCAAAGGGGAAAUGCUUUCUGAAGAGUCCAAGAACUCACCACUAAAUCCAGCAAGUUCUUUGAAUCCUGCCAGCAGAAGUCCUGUAAGCACUCAUACUCCAGUCUCCGGGAGUGUUUUUCAAAGUGUGCCAUGCACCUCGAGUUCAACACUGGUGGGGACCAAAUCAUCUUCCGAGAGCGGUCACCAUGAAGUUACAUUCCAGAAGCAGAGGAAAAGUGAAGCUCCAAGUUAUAUAGCUGUACCUGACCCCAGUGUCCUGAAACAAGGCUUCUCUAAGGACCCUUCAACCUGGUCUGUGGAUGAAGUGAUACAGUUUAUGAAACAUAAAGAUCCUCAGAUAUCAGGCCCCCUCGCCGACCUCUUCAUGCAACAUGAGAUUGAUGGGAAGGCUCUGCUACUACUCAAAAGUGAUGUGAUGAUGAAGUAUAUGGGGCUGAAGUUGGGGCCAGCCUUAAAGUUAUGUUACUAUAUUGAAAAACUUAAAGAAGGAAAAUAUAAUUGAAAAAAAAUGUAUAAGUUUAGAUUAGACAUAAUUUUCAGUUGUCUUGAUAACUUUUUAAUUUAAAAGUAUUUUUAUUCUCGUAGCAGUUUUUGUUUUGUAGACGGUUCCUCUAAAACUACGUUAUAUCCAGAAUUGCAGAACUACAUUACAAGUCCAGUCUACUUCUUUAAAACACAUUAACAUGUUAGUAUUAGCAUAUUCAACUUGGCAGUCCUUUAUGUCUUAUUAUUAUUUUAUACUUUACAGUUUAUUAUUUAAUUGUACAGUUUACAAAUAUACUUAAUGCAGGAAACAGAGAAACACCGUUGAUUUUGAUUAAUGUUUAUAUAUAAAACCAAAACAGCUACAUCCCAAAGGGGAAAGUAUCAGGGACUGACAGCCUCUCUAAUAAAAUCCAUGAGAAGUUUUCCUUAGAAAAGAAUUUAAAGAUGCAACUGUAGAUAUCAUCUCUUUUUCAAAUAUUUUAUGUCUGUUACUGCAAUGUUCUGUUCGUGUUCUACCAAUUUCCGGAAAGGGAAUAGCCAUACAAGUUAUUUUCCUUUCGUUAUUAUUUCUCUGUAUGUUGUGUUUGUUCAUAUUUAAAGAAAAAAAACAAGCUUAUAAACUUUCAUAAAGUGUUCUUACCAGUUUUUGAUAAAUUUCGAACAAUUGUAAGAUAGAAUGGUUGUUUUAUGCAGGAGAUAUUAUACUACUACAAGGGUGGUUUGGAUGGAGUCUGAUUAAAAUUUUUCAGUGAAAUACCUAUUAUUUCAAAACUUUACAUAUUUUCUCUAAGCUUAGACAUUUAACUAGGCAUUCAUUUCUCAUAUCUCUAUAUGAGGACACCUGUGCCCAAAUUUUUAAAAUAUAUAUAUUUUAUUGUCUGUGUUUAUUCUUCAUAUGGAUACUAUACCAUAUUUAUACAUUAUUCUAUACCUGUAGGUAUUCAAACAAGUAAAUCUGUUCUUUUUGAAUUUAAUAUGGCACUUUGCACUGCCACAGAGGUAAUGGUGAACUAUUUAUAUAGUUGGAUGUUUCUAUUCUGAAAAAUAUAUGUGCAUCAUUUGCUAUCACUAGUACCUCUCAGCUUAGUCUUCAGGGGAUAAGAAACAAUCCAUAGAUUGGUUUCCAUACAGGGAAGUUCUCUGUCCUAUGCAAUGUUGCUAGUUAAUUUGCUUAGUUCUGAGCCAUUUAUUCUGCUAAAUUUUGGAAGAUGCAUUAAUUCAGACUUAUCAUUUUGGGCUUUAUUUUUAAAGUUAGAACUUUCAAGGGGAAAUGGUGCUAUAUGUUUAUUGUUAUUACUUUGUAUAAGUUUGGUGUAAUGUUAAUAAGCUAUGAGAAUCUGUGCUAAAAGUAUUAGCCAUUUGUUAUAAAUGCCAAUAAAAUGUACACCAGGGGCAAGAAUGUACAUUUUCUUUUUUAGAAAACCAAAUGUACUUUAUACGAGAAUGCUACUAUUUAAAGGGUGGUUUCAUCUAUGUUAUUCAUUUUGUGUCAUAAGACAAAAUUCUAAUUUAAACUUGGUCUUCUCUCAAAUUGUUUGUGUGAAGAUGCUGUGCCCAGUUAAACAGUCCUCAGGUGUUUGUAUAAAUACUGUUUUACAGUUUUCAGAUUUUAAAAUAUAAUAAAGUUUAAUAACCACAGCCAUUAA